AUGUUGAGUCAGUUGUUUUCGUGGGGUUACAGUUACAUCUAUCAUCAUCCCUACCAAUCCCAGCUUCUUGUAAUAACAUCACUUCUUAUCUAUUAUUAUGUCAUCGUUCCAUUUUUGAUUUCUCCCCUACGUCAUAUCCCAGGGCCAUAUUCGCACCGAGUCAGUUAUAUUCCUUCCUUAAAUGCCCAAAGACGAGGUACUUGGACAGAAGAAGUUUACAAAUUACAUUUAAGACAUGGCAAAGUGGUUAUAUUAUCUCCCAAUGAAAUAAGUGUAAAUGAUGAUCCCAAAUUUAUAACUGACAUUUAUACCAAAAACUUCCCCAAAUCUAAAUUUUAUGAAAAUUUUAGGAAUCAUGGGUUUAAAGAUAAUAUAUUUGCCAGUUUGGAAAAUGAUCGACAUUUGGGGUAUAAGAAACUUAUUAUGGGUUUAUAUAGCAAGUCAGCUAUAAUGUCAAAAAGUAACAAUACUAGAGAGAUUCUAAUUGAAACAACAAAAAACUUGGUUAGUGCCGUGUAUAAAAGUUCCGUCGUUGCUAGUGAACCAGACUACUUUAAUGCUACUUCUAGAAUGAAUCCUCAUGGAAAGGGAAGAUCAGAACCUGGUUGGUUUAACAAAGAUCAAAAGUCAACUAAUCUAGGUAUUGACGUUUAUACCCUCUUUGGAUCCCUUGCAAUGGACGUAGUGUCCCAGUUUGAAUUAGGAAUCCAAAACGGAACCAAUCUUUUACUCGAGCCUCAAGAAAGACAUAUAGUGGUCAGUCAUAGACUAGUUUCUAGCAUGGGUUUCUGGACAACCCUAAUGCCGAGAUUCUGGGAUUGGGCAGCCGAUAGAUCAAUACUACAAGCAGCAAAAGAUAUUCUCCAAUUUGAAUUGGGAUUGUAUCGUAUUGCAGAGCAAAAUAUUGCUAAUAAUGGUAAGAAUCCGACUACUUUUGAAGCCUUGAAGAAAAGUGGACUCAAAGGCGAAUACGCCUAUUCCUUCUUGACUGAUAACAUCUUUGCUGGGCAUGAAACAACGGCAAUCCAGCUUUCAUAUCUAUGUUACGAGUUAUCCCGUCCUGGAAACCUCUCCAAACAAACAAGGUUAAAGCAAGAACUCUUUGAAACCUUUGGUAAACCAGCAUCGUUGGAUUCUAUUAUUGACGAUUUGGAAAUUGUUGAUAAACUACCCUACCUAAAUGCACUUCGUGAUGAGAAUUCAAGAGUACAUACAUCCAUCCCAGGUGCUGAGCCACGGGUUGUACCUAAACCAUACCUAUUGGAUUUAGAAAAUGGAAAAUCGAUUGCUAUCCCCGUGGGGACCGUUAUAUCAUGUCUACCCUAUGCAAUGCAUCGUCUGUCCGCCAUAUUCCCAGACCCAGAUCGGUUCAUACCUGAACGUUGGUUGUCAUAUGAACAUGAAUCCGAACAAAAUUAUAAAGAAAGGAUAAAACUACAACAAAAAUAUAUGAUGCCCUUUGGUAAAGGUAUCAGAAUGUGUCUUGGGAUGAACUUGGCACUUAUUGAGAUGAAAUUAGUAAUUGCAAAUCUUUAUUGGCAUUUUAAUUCGCGGAUCGAUCCUAAUUGGUGCGAAGUAGUCACGGCAAUCAGUGAAGAACCUGGGCUAGACCCUGCGCCACUUAGUUUGGGGUCGAGAAAUGUAGGGGACAAUAGAACUGACGAAGAGAAGAUGACAAUGUAUGAUUCUUAUACUCUGAGACCAGUCAAUGAAGAGUGUUGGUUAGAAUGGUACCUCGAUAAGUAG